CACUCGCUCCAUCGCAACCGGCGACACAGUGUUGCACCGCCGUGCGCUCUCCGACCGAAUGGUCCGCCUGGGCACUGAGUGCGACCGCUGUGGCUUCUGCCUGACAAAGCCACGCGUGACCAGCCCCGUGAAGGCCGUCGCACCUGGGUAGAAUGUCUGAGCAGUGCACGAGCUCGCGUCACAGGGGCUUAUGGCUGCAACUCAACAUUUUGAUCAAAAAGCCCCGCGGGCAUCUUCUUGAUGAUGACACCAACGAAUACUCACAUCUCCAACCACAGCGGCGGAGGCUAUGGAUGGACCUUUCCGUCCCGCAUCGCCUGCGGAAGAGCUUCCCGCGUACUAUCAGGACCUCCGCGAUGAGGACAUCCUUGCAUCGUUCAGGGACUUCGAUAACGAAAGGAACUUUGACCUGUUCGACAGGCAGACGCGGAACCCGCGGAGCAGCAACUUCUGCAUCGACUUCGGCGACGACGAAGCAUACUGCGCCUUCGACCUCGGAUCUGACUCGUACUCCAGACUGCUUUCAUCGCCACGGCCUCCAAACCUACACACGCGAUGGAUCAACCUGUGGCUGCCAUACAACCAAAAGGAUAUAUUGCAUGCUCUGGCAAAGCACUUCGACUUCUCCCCUCGACUGCUCGGCCUGAUGUGCUCUGAUCCCCUACCUCCCAAACGCAGUCUUCUCCACAGCAGCGCUGCUACGCUGGGAUCGAGGAAGUCGCACGGAUCGAAAAGAUCGGGAAAGUCGUCAAAGUCUCGCAAGUCCAAGGAAGAGUCUUUGGAUUCAGAGGAGAGCAUAGGCAUGACGGAGCUGAUGCAUUCUACGCAGCUGGAGAUGGUGCGCGAUCUGAGCCACUAUACGAUUGUUGAUGAGAUCUGGCACUGGUCGACAGUAGACUGGGGUCGACGCUUUGUCUGCUUGGGCUACAAUUCCUUGCACAAUAUUCGCUCUAAGGCCUCUGCCGAACACGACGAUGAAAUGGACAGGAGCCGAGACAUUCCACGCGGAAAGCGGCUAUGGAACUGGCUUCUUCUGACAGAAGACAAGACCGUCAUCUCCAUCUCCGAGGACCCGUUUCCGUUUAGCAAUGGCACUCUGAGUGCACACGAGCUCAAGACGCUGUACACGACGCGGAGGAAUCUAGUUAGCGUGUUCCGUCAACUGACUAAAGCGCCUACGCCGUUGAGAGAAAGCUCGCUCGUCAUGCUUCCUGUUCGCCAUCGCAUCGGGAACAGUGAGGAAGAGACGGCACAUCGGCCGACCGACGCGCCGGGCCUGUUGUUCUACUAUCUGUUCGAAGACUGGUUCACCACUUACAGCCUCGUGACGCGGCGCGAGCACGGCUAUGCUGCUGAAUUAGACCGACUGAGACGAGAGAUGCUUGUACGCGCCAAUCUGGAGCACGUUGACCAACUGCACCAUAUUGGCUGCCAACUCGCCGUUCUCAAGCGCGUCUACCAAAGCUACGAGCUCAUCAUUGAGCGCGUACUCAAAAAGCAAGAAGCAACGCUCGCUUCCCUCAAGAACUCGCACAUAGUGUCUGGCGUGGACUCGCUGGCCUCUUCCAUCCCCAUGGUUGGGCCGCCGACGCAGAUUCCCGAAGCCGACAGCUUGCUCGGUGUGUCGCUCAGCUCAGCGGCCAGAGCACGAUUCGAGAGGCUGAAGGACCGCAUCAUGCUAUACGCGCUCAGCGAAAUCCAGGAAUGCAUCGACCAGAAAGAAUCCUUGGUGAUGAUGAACUUCAACCUUAUCGCGAUCAAAGAGUCAUUCAGCGUGGAGCGGCUCACCCGGGUCACCCUCCUCCUCGCCAAAGUCACCAUCGUCUUCAUGCCCGUCACGCUCAUGACAGGCUACUUCUCGUGCCAGUUCGCGGGCGUCGAGUUUACAGUCAAGAGCUACUGGUGGGGGUUUGCAGUGGUGCUGGCUGUGAGUCUGGUGCUGCUUGUCUUGUUCAGCUUCUUUAGUGGGACGUUUGAAGGGAAAAUUAUUACGAGACCGUGGAGUCGCACGGCGUAUGAUAAGUCGCGCAAGUGGUGGAUGCAUCGUAGGAAGAGGGGUAAGACGCUUUGAUGGCGAUACGAGAGCGAUGAGUCUGGUGAUGGAACGAAGCGUGACCUCUUAUAUGACAUGAGUGUACUUCUGGCUUUCAGAUGCAUAGCACGGCGGCGUUGGUUUCGAUUGAAAUGGACAGUAUAGAAAUUAUCACCAAUUGUCUUUGGAAGGCGAUUCGUCCUUGUCAUGGCAACCCUUGGCGUAUUCUCUUUGGGCGACCUAGUAACCCUCCGAUCCAGCAUGACCUUGCCAAUCUGUAGACUUUGACAAGCAUCUACGCUCGCCGUAUCUCCCACUUUACGUUUGUGAUACUGACUUCUUCGCCUUCCUUCUCGUCGUAAUCGAACCAUUCGCCUUC